GGCUGCUUCGCUUGUUCCAUCCAUCAGCUGAAUGGUUCGAAGAUGUUUCCAAUGCGCUGAAAGUUACUCAGAUUAUUUUCCUCUUUUUAAUUUAUUGAAAUAUUUGAACCUAGAUGACAUUAGGGGUGAAAAGUAGAUAUAUUCAUAUCGUGGGUGUCCUGCAAUUGAGUUAAUAUUACGGUUUUGCUGUGUAAUGGCUGUUUGGUCGUCAACUAACCAAACUUCUGCCGUCAGUCAGUAAACAUGAUGUCUCUUUUAACUACACAAAGAUACAUUAUCAGGUCAUCAGGAAAUGCCCUUAAAAGUUACAACCACCGAUGGUCCUCUGGGGAUUACCGAGCUUCUCCAUACAAAUUAUUAUCUUCCAUUAACUCACCUAACUGGUAUACUGAGAAACAUGUUGCCUUAGUACAUACCAGCCAUCCAUCGCAUGUCUUGCCAGGACAAGACCAUAGAUGUCCGAAGGGCUCAAGCUCAAGAUGCACAAUUUUAAUACGCCAUAUACAUAUAGGAUCAAGAUGUUUUGACAAAGAGCCUGCAAAAGCCUCUUCAAAAGUUGAAGAAGCUGUUAAUUUGCUGAAAGGGAAAGCAAAGGAUGAAACUGAUGCUAAAGAAAAUCAAAUUGUUCCAAAGAAAUCUAUAAAAACUCGCAUCAUAGAGGAGAUUAAACAUUAUUACCAUGGUUUUCGACUUCUUUAUUUAGAUUUUAAUAUUUCUAGAAAGUUAGCCAUGAAAGCCUUAAGAGGAGAGACACUCAGCCGAAGAGAGCAUAGACUGUUGGUGAGGACCACAGGUGACAUUUUUCGGCUAGUUCCAUUCUCAGUGUUUAUCAUAGUGCCCUUCAUGGAACUGCUUCUGCCUGUGUUCAUAAAGUUCUUCCCAGGAAUGCUACCAUCAACUUUUGAGACUGCAAGUGACAAGGAAGCAAAGAUGAAGAAAUCCUUGAAAGUUAAACUUGAAAUGGCAAAGUUUCUUCAACAAACCCUUGAUGAUUUAGCAGUUCAAGCUAAAGACAGUGACCAGUCUUCCAGCGCUGCUAAACAAUUUGCAGACUUUUUUGACAAGAUGCGCAAUUCUACAGAACCUAUUUCAAACCAAGAUAUUAUGAAAUUUUCUAAGAUUUUUGAAGAUGAGAUAACACUUGAUUCAUUAUCUAGACCUCAACUCAUUGCCUUAUGUCGUGUGCUUGAAAUACAACCUCUUGGUACUAGCAACUUUCUAGUCUUUCAGCUUCGUAUGAAAUUACGAAGUUUGGCUGCUGAUGACAAGAUGAUUCAGCAAGAAGGUAUUGAUUCUUUAAAUGCCAGUGAGCUCCAACAGGCUUGUCGUGCUAGAGGAAUGAGAGCAUAUGGUCUUUCUGAACAAAGACUAAGAAGCCAGCUAGAACAGUGGCUUGACCUCAGCUUAAAUGAAAAAGUCCCACCAUCUCUUCUGUUGCUGUCCCGAGCACUGUUGCUACCAGAGACAGUGCCAACCAGUGAUCAACUGAAAGCCACUAUUUCAUCACUUCCUGACACUGUGAUAACGCAAACUAAAGCAGCUCUUGGUGAGCGUGAAGGUAAGACAGAUAACUUGACCAGGCUUCAAGUUCUGCGGGAAGAAGAGAAAAAAAUCAAAGAAGAACAGCAAGAACAGAAGGAAGAAAUGGACAGAAAAGCAAAGGAGGAAAAAGAGAUCCUAUUGGAUUCUGCCAAAAUUCUUACGGAUGGUGCUAAACCCUUAGAAACUGUUACUGAUGUCCAAGCGCCAAUACCCUCAGGAGUUGCGGAUACUAAGAAGGAGGAUCUCACUGCGUCUGAUAUGGAAACACUUGAAGAUGCACUUGACUCAUUAAGCAAAAAGCGCAGGAAACUGCUGGUUGAAAAAGAAGAGCUGGAAGAUCUUAAGGAGGAAAUGGCUGACUAUCAAGAGGAUUUGCAAGAUCUUCAAAAUGUUGUUGGUAGCCAAGGCAAAAAGGAACCUGUUGUAGCAGAGUCAAAGGCGGCUAAACGUCUUUUCUCUAGAGUUAAUAAGAUGAUUAACAAUAUGGAAAAGGCCCUUUUAGAUAUUGAAAAGAAGAAGAAGGAAGAGCCCGAAAAGGAAGAGGUUGUUGGUAUUGAUGAACUUAUUGCCACUAUACAACAAAUUCAGAAAGUGCCUGAUAGUGCACGAUUGGAAAGACUUCAGGAGGCUUUGGCAAAGUUAGAUGAUGACAAAGAUGGUUCAAUCCCUGUUGAUGAUCUUCUAAAGAUGAUUGAGUUGAUUGGAGGUGAUCAAAAUGUCAACCUAUCACCAAAACAGUUAGAUGAAUUAGCUCUUCUUUUAAAACGAGAGGAAACCUUGUUAUUGGAGGAUCAAAUAGAGAAAGCAUUGGAGAAACAACUUAAUCAGGAAGAACUCAAAAAUGAACCAAGAGAAAGCACGAAGGAUUCUACGGAACCAUCAUCUUCUAAGCCCAAUAAAUCUCAAAAGCCACCACAGAAUCCCCCCAAACCUCCAUCUAAUGGGGAACCAUCUGAGAAAUCAUCAAUAGCUGCCAAUUCAGGUGGGAAGACUGGGAGUUCACCUAAACAAACAUUAUGAAGAUAUUCUGUGAUGAAAAUCAAAAACACAACCAUGAGAUGUGUAUUAGGCAGUACCGACUCGAAGUCAUUCCUUCGUUUUGGUGUCAUUGACUGAGAAAAUGGUAGUGCGUGGUACCUUUGAUGUACAAUGUGAAUUAUAGGUGAACUAUGUUUUUCAUACAAAUUAUAAGUGAAACAUGUGUCCUUGUGUAGUACCAAACUCUGACCACCAUAUUUUUAUUUUUUCUUUCUUUUAAUUGGUUGGUGAUUAAUACAAUUCUAGCUAGUUAAUGAGGGCCAGUUAGUACUUACUGUUGUGUAAACUGUAUUCCCAUCUUCUAUCCUUAAGUUUGUGUGAAACAAAUGGUGCACUUAUUUUUCUGAUUUUAUUUGAAUUGGUUUUCAUAGAGGACCAAAGUACAGUGAAAGCUUGUUAAUGUGGCUUGUACGUAUCCAAUAUUAUAGAUUGUUUUAUGUAAUUGAGCAAGGUAUUCUGUGAUCAGUUGUUUGUUUUCCCGAGUCAUUGUUUUAAGAUAAGUUGCCUUUCUUUUGCAAACUCUGCUGCUGGUCAGUUUGAGAGGUGCAGAGGGCUAUUCUAAGGUGUCCCUGUAAUUUGCAAGUGCUUAUUUGCCCUCUUUUUGUUAGGCUGUCAUAAUAUGGUGUUUGAUUCAGAGACAUGUAUUUGUUUUGAACACAAAAAAGUGAAGUUUUGAUAUACUGCAAAUACAUUUACAUACCUGUGAAAGAUUAAAUAUAAGGUAUGUAAUUUGUUGUCCAAAUCAACUGACUGUUCAAACCUGACCAAACCCUAUCUAAGAACAUUGUGUUGUAUGAUUAUGGUAGAGGGCAGGUACUGACACUUUUUAAACUAUAAGAUUAAUUUAACCGUCAAAAUAACCAUAUAUGUUCUUUCACUGUGCUCUUGAACUCCGAUCAAUAAAACAGUAGUUCUGGUUGUGGUAAGUGUCAUCGUUACUUUAUUUUAAAAUUAAAUUAUCCUUCUGAGGUUUGGUUAUUUCAUCACAAAUGGAUGUGGUAAAGGUAUAGUACUACACAAGUUUCGCUCUCAAAGUAUUGAUCUGUUGUCUGUGGAGCAAGAUUUGUGAACUCUAAACUAUAAAAUAAGCAAGAAAGUAAGAAAUCCAUCUGUAAAUCUUCAUACUCUGUUUAAUAAAAUAAAAUAAGUGUGAACUCUGAUGACAAUAAUUCUCAUAGACCUGUGGAAUUUUCCAAUCCUUUUGCAACUGUUGUAAAAUUACAUUGAUUUCUUAAGUCAUUUGAUUUUAUUCUCAAGGACAUUGUUUUUUAGAACUGCCUAGGCCUACGUCUUGAGUAACCUUGGGAACUGUGUAACAUCUGCUGAAUCAGACUUGCUCAGAUUGUUGGGACUGUAUUGUGAUAAUAAAUCAGUUAUAUGUAAGUAAA